UUAUUUGGUUAGUCAAUCAGCUGUCUUCGUAGUCUGUUAUGUUAUGAUUGUCUGAUGUUUUUCUUUAAAUGUUAAUGUCUUGUUUUACGCUAAAUAUUUGAUGACCAAUUGUAAACAUUUUAAGUAGUCGUAAGGGUAAUGAAAGGUAACCAUGGGAGCGUGAAAGCAGUCAGCGAUGGCCAACGCAGGGGGCGGAGAGGGCUUGCUGCGGGAAUGGGCCCCUCUCACUAACUUCUUGCAGCAGGUGCCUUUGAGGGCCCAACGAGGCCUGUUUACGUAUGAGCUGAACCUAACCUGCGUGGAUUGCCUACCGGAGUUCCUGGUGGUCGGAACCAACCUGGGACUCGUUUACUGGUACAACCGCACCACCUGUGACUUGCAGAGGCUACGAUGCGAGAACACAAGUGCGGUGGUGACCUGCGUGAAGGUGAUCUCCACGGUGGACUACAUGGUGGCCGCUGGCAACGAGCAGGGGGUCGUGACGGUGUUCCAGGUCCCCAAAACUCCCCCGGACAGCCUGCCUGACAGCAUGAAGCUGAAGAAGAACAAGCAGGUGGAAAGGUACACUAUCAGCGGUCUCCACACAACUGCGGUGACGGCCAUUGAGUGGAGCAUGAAUGGUAUGAAAUUAUUCAGCGGUGAUAGAAAUGGCAUCGUGGUUCUCACAGAGUUUGAUUUCUACAUGCACCUGAGCAAGUCCAUGGAGAUACUGAAUGAGAAGUACGAGAUAGUGCAGCUGAGCUACAGUCAGCAGUUGCUGCUGGUGUCCACUGUGUACCGCAGCAUCGUCUGUCACCGUGACGAUCGCUGGCGAGUUCAGCAAGUUGGGCAGAAGGAGCGCAAAACGCUGGGACAUUUCGGAGCAACUUUCAGCGUGGGUGAGGGACGGCCACAGGAUCUCGUGAUCUACGCGAGUCGGCCGGGUCUCAGACUCUGGCUGGCCAACAGGAAUGGGGUUGUUCAGCAGACUCUUAUCUAUAAGGACGCCCUGAUGAACCCGCACCCCAGCGCCCCGCUCAUGAACCCCGCGCGCCCGCACGUGCGCCUGAGCCGCGGGGACCAGCAGCUGGGCCGGCUGCUGGUGUUCCAGGCUGGCCUGCUGGUGACGCACAGCGCGGACACGGUGUACGUGCUGGACCCCGCCGCGGUCGCCGUGGUGGCCGCCGUCACUGACCUGCGCUCCGUGCGUGCCCUCGCCGUCUCCCGGGACGAGGUGUUCGUGCUGGAGGGGAGCCGCAGUCUGGUGCGGGUCGCCUACGCCCCUGAAGUCGGUGCUCUCGCCUCGCCGGCCCGAGGGUUGAAUGCUGACUAUCAAGACGAUGCCAUUUUCUUGUCGAUGCCAGCUUCUCUGUCAGACAAAGUGGUGACAUCAUCACUUGUCGAUCUGACAUCAAAGAUCAAGGACACAUCGCAUCCUUUCCACGGUAUUGGGACAAAGAUUAGCAUGUUUGGGAAGCUGGUUUAUGAUGAGCCAAAUGAAGACGGAACUGAUGAAGAUGCUGUCAUAGCAGAUGAAGUGCUAGAACUUCCGCCUAUCAUUCCUCUCUCAGUUGUUGACCUGGCAGAGCUGACAGUGGAGAAACUGCCCAGUCCAGCGAUUGACUGCCUGGCGAUAACCGACGACUGCAGCAAGGAGAGCAAGGAAGUGUUGCAUGCCGAGCACUUGAGGGGGAACGACCGCAAGGAUGUGCUGCAGAAGAUAGGCGAGCAGCAGUUCGAGGACAUCCUGUACAAGCCCAGGAAGAAGAAGAGGAGGAGGAGACCGCUGCGUCUUGCAACAGGAGCAGAGUCUGGUUCCGACACAGUGAGCACAAACAGCGUUCGGUCGGCCGUGUCCGAGGGGGAAGAGGACCCCUGGACCUGUGAGCAGCUGGACGCGAGCGCCGACUGGAGCAACACGUCGACACACGCAGGCUCCACGAGGUCGUCCUCCGAGGAGACGCUGGUGAAGACGGCCGGCGACUGCGAGGAGGAGACGGCCCAAGCGUCGACCGUCGUCGGGGAGGACAGCGAAUCGCAGGCAACGAGCGAUGGCAGUAAGCCGACCGUGCUGCACUUGCCGCAGUUUGGCUCCAGGCUGCUGCCGGACCUCCGUAGCCCCACCUCCAUCGAGAAGGAGGUCGCAGAGAGGGAGAAGAUUCUCGCCAGAGUGCUCGACUUGGAUAUACUGUGCCCAAAGAAUGUGAAUGGACAUGUGUCUCCCGUCUCUUCAGAAGCGGUAGCAAAGGGUCAACCCCUCAUCCCCACGUUUGCUGAGGAGUUGUCCAAUGCCCUCAAGUUAGAUGAGAGUACUUCUGCUGUGAAGGUGGAGGAUACUACACCUUCUGAACACAGUUGUAAGUUGUUUGAAGAUAAAUUUUUCCCGAUCUCACUCACUACGAACAAUAGACCACCGUCGUGCAGUAGUGAACCUUCGAGCAUCUGUGCUUGGAUGGAACAAGAGAGCGUCGUAAGUGUGGAGUGCGAUAACGCGAUGUUCUCUUCAAACAAGAAAGACAGGUGGCUGCAGCACAAAGUUCCGGGCUACAUCUCUCACCUGUCAGUGUGCGGCAAAUACGUGUGCUGUGUCGACUCUAAGGAUGUCGUGUACUACAGCAGCCUGGAUGGUCUGGGCCUGAGGUGGCACAGGCUGGACUACCAGGCCAAGCAGGUGGCGGUUUCUCAAAGCAGCAGGAUUGUUUGGAAACUCUACAGAUGUGUUGCAUACGCUCUGCUGAAUCCGCAAGAGAAAGGGCCCUUCGGCGAUGAAUGGAAAGAAGUUCGUAGUGGCGUUCACAGCAUAGCAGUGGAUGAGCCAGUAGCCUGGAUUGUUUCCACAGAAGGCAGUGUGUUUACACACAAGCUGCUGAACAUUGACGAUUGUUCUGGCAGCUUUGUACAGAUUAAGUGCCCCAGUACUAUUUUGCAAGUGUGUUGUUUUAAUGGUGAUGUUCUGGCUUUAACAACAUCUGGAGAACUUCUCUACAGAGUCGGGGUGAUUGCCAUCACCCCAGAAGGCAAGCACUGGAACAAAGUGACUGCCACCUGUGACCUCCCCACCAUCACAAGCAUUGCGCUCGGCUCGCACAAUGCAGCCUGGGUCGUGGAUACCAAGAACAACAUAUUCUUUUCAACUGACUACAAGGAGACAGCAUCACACUGGUGGCAGGUGUUGAUCAGCGACUACAUUUUCCAGCAGUCGUCUCCUUUGCAGCAGUUCCGCAGUCGUAUGGCAGAGAGCCUGCGCCAGCAGUCAGGCAGUCUGCUGGCGACCAGCAGCGACACUGUCUGGAUCGCUGACAAGCUGGCUUCUGCUGUGCAUGUCAACAAGACCUCCGUCACCGGUCACAUGUGGAACCACAUCCGCUUGCGGGGCCUGCUGCCAUCGGUGCGGUGGCAGCAGCUGACUGCGGAGGGGGUGUUCGAGGACAAGGGCCAGCUGUGGCUGCUGUCGCAGUCGGGGGACCUGUUCUGCUCCCACCCCAGGUCGGACACCUUUCACGUGCUGCCCCUCCCGUGCCACAACCCAGUGGUGUGCGUGGCGGCGUCUGCCAUGACGGUGUGGCUGCUGGACUCCGAGGGCAGGAUAUAUGUUCGUCAGGGCAUCAGCGACACUUGCCUCGACGGCACCACCUGGAAGGAACUGUCCUUGGCUCAGCUCGGCGACGUCCACUUGAAGCACAUCUCGUGUGGCUGCGAUGUUGUGUGGGCGUGUGACGACCAAGGCACCGUGUACAUGACGAUGGGCUCUCCGCACGAGAUGGCUGUGUCAUCGACGUUCUCUCCAGUUUGGAUCACUGUCGACGACAGAUCACAGCGCAAAUAUUUUUUCACAAAGGUGUUCGUUGGAACACAGACAUCCAUGGUGUGGGCCAUAGAUAACAAGAGAAAUGUUUAUGUGAGAGAAGCAAUCUUCCAUGAUUUUCAGCUGGGCAUUGGCUGGGUUCUGGUUUUGGGCAUUGAGGCUGUGGACCUGAGUAUAAGUGCAUCUGCUGUGUGGGCCUUGUCGCCUGCUGGCGGUGUGUAUUGCCGGUGUGGGAUCUCCCAAAAUAACUUCAUCGGUGAUUACUGGAAGAAAAUUCCUGGCUCCCUGACAGCUAUCACAGUGUCGAUGAAUGACAGUCUGUGGGGCCUCGACAAGCACCACGGACUGCUGAAACACCAGCAGUCAACCAUCAGGCUGAUGUCACCAGGCACGGAGCCAAUCAUUGGUGACGCCCACCCAGCGGCUGACGACGACUGGGAGGUCGUCUUGUGACGACACUGUUCGGGCCGCCCUCGACGCGGCAGUGUCUGAAGCGAAGGCCGAGUAGCUGCCAACUCCGUGGAAGGUGCUAGUAGAUCUGAAGUUUCCCUACGGGGGCAUAGACGGCUCUCUGCUGCCUGUUUUCAUACUGAACGUAACUUAGGGUACAAAUUGUUUUUCCAAAGAGUGAUCAUAGUGUUAUUCUAACACUAUACAUAACAACAUAUAUUGCUAGAGAAAAUUGAAGAGUUAAAAUUCUAAAUGUACUGAGUGCCAGAAAUAUGAUUUUGAGACAAUUUCCUUCUGAAUAUCAUUAGACAUGGAUGGUACGUACUACAUUUUUAUGGAACUAAAAUAGCAACAGAGUUUUAUCUUUAGCUCCCUUUGAAAGGUCAGUAGGCAUGGCACACAUUAUGUUAUGAAUAAAUAAUCAUUAACAUUUAGGUUUAGGCAUUUGGUACCUUUUGAAUUUCAACUCUUCAAUUUUAAUGUUGUGAGUUAAUUAUUCAUUUCUAAAUACUUGAAUGUGUUGUGACACUGUAUGCAAUUGAACACCAUCAUCAUUUGCUUAAGGCAUUGUAUUUAAAUUUUUUUAAAAAUGUUUUGCAUUUAUAAUAUAUUGAAAUAUAUGCCAUUGACAUUUAACCCUGUGUACAUCAAUUUGUCGCUAGUCAUUUUAGUAUUCGCGUGUAAUAUAUGUAUGAUUAUAAUUCGGUACAUCUAGAGGUUAUUUUAUCAACACAAGCAUAAACAAUAAGUUUUUGAGUAAUAUUCAGUUUAAUUUAUAGAUUAUUGAAUGUAUUCUAUUACCAUUAGUUUAGUUACACUAUUCAUUGUUACUGGAAGUGUAUGUCAGUACUGUGGAUUCACAUCAGGUUGUCUGUUUUUUAAGAGGUUUGUUGGGAUUUUUACUGUAGUGCUUAAGUGGUGUGGUAAUAUCAUUGUACGCUAAUUAAAUAAGGCUUUAGAAUGUGCAUAUUAUACUAUUUACUGUAAGCAAACUGUGAGAAAUAAUUUCAGAUUUUGUCUUGAAAUGUAAAAGACUAAAAUCUAGAUAAAACUCAACAAUUAAUAACCAUUCACUUGCAAACAAUGUGGUUAGCAGCAAGCAUGCAUGAGAGCACAACUUACCACCAUGAUGGUCAAACAACUGUUUCUUCAUCACUGGAAGCUGCAAGACUAGAGACGGGAAAAAUGGUGUAAUGAUUUUUACGCGUAAUUAUGCAACUAUUGUGGUAAACAACAACAAAACGCGAAAAA